AUGGAUUUAAAUAAAGAAUGGGAAAAAGUUCAAGAAAUGGCCUUUACAUCAUGGGUCAAUUCAGUAUUAGAGAAACGUGGUUGUGAUAAAAUUUCAGAUGUUUCAACUGAUCUCAGUGAUGGUGUCAAAUUAAUUUACUUUUUAGAAUCUGUUUCAGGAAAGAAAUUCCCAAAGAAAUUCGAUCUCGAACCAAAAACAAGAAUUAUGAGAGUACAAAAUCUUCAUUUAGCUAUGCUUUUCAUUGAUGAAGAUUUAAAAAUUAAAGUUCAAGGUGUUGCUGCUGAAGAAUUUGUUGAUAAUAAUAAAAAGAUGAUUUUGGGUUUUUUAUGGACAUUAUAUCGUAAAUAUCGUAUUUCAGUUAUUAAUGAAGGUGAUAAAUCAUCAGAGGAAGGUUUAUUAGCUUGGUGUAAAAAGACCACAGAAGGUUAUAAUAAUGUUAAUAUCACAGGCUUUAAAUCUAGUUUCCGUGAUGGUCAUGGUUUCUUGGCAUUAGCACAUAAAUAUGAUCCAACCGUUUUCAAAUAUGAUGAAUAUGAAGGUCAUGAUAAUAUUGCUCGUUUGAAUGCUGCCUUUGAUUUCGCAGAGAAAGGAUUAGGUAUUCCAAAGCUUUUAGAAGCUGAAUCCCUCUCCAAAGGUAAUGUCGAUGAACGUUCAAUCGUACUUUACACUUCAUUGUUCUUCCAUGCUUUCCGUGCCAAAGAGGAAAGAGAAGCACUUGAAGCCAGUCAAAAUUCAUUAAACAAUAAAUUAGCCUCACUCGAACAAUCUCUCGAAGGUGAGAAACACUCUCAAGAGGAAUUGGUCAAACAAAAGAAGGAUCUCGAAGAUGCUCUCAACAAAAUCAGAGAACAAAAUGAUAAUAGAAACUCUCGUAUCACCGAUCUCCAAUCAAAGAUUGACGAUGCCCUUCGUGGUCUCGAUGAUGAGAAAUUGGCUAAACUCGAUCUCGAAUCUCGUCUUGCCAAAUGUGAAAAAGAUAAAGCUAUCCUCGAAUUAAAACUCGCUGAAAUCCUCGACGAAAAAGAUAGACUCGAAAAGAAAAUCGAUGAAGAUAAAAAGAGAGCUGAAGCUGAACGUUUGGGUCUCGGUUUAAUUCGUCAACAUCUCGCUGCUCAAUUCUCUGAUAUUCAUAAAUGGCAAUCCUUUUUGGAACAUCCAGAAACUGUUCCAUACACUGGUACCCCUGUCGAUUUAGAUUCUGAACUCUCAAGUCUUUCCUUUGAAGAACAAGCAAAGAAAUUAGCUUCAAAAUUAGAAUCUGAAAAUAUUUUAAUUGAAAAAUAUCUUAAUGGUAAAGAAGAAGCAAAAGCUGCUGCUAAAAAAUAA